CGGUGUCAGACGCCAUCUUAGAAUCGCUGCUGUUCCUGCUUGUGGCCGCGUCUGAGGAGGGAGCGAAGCGCUUCGGAGGCCGACUGGACGGGAAAAAACCGCCGGGUCUAGCGGCCAAAGGGGGGAGGGAGGUGAGUGUGCUGGUGGUUCGUUGCUUUUAUAGUUUGGGCGAGGCAGGCCUCCAGGGAGAAAGCCAGGACACUGUGGGAGUGAGGAAGGAGAGGCUGACCAACUCCUUUGCCUGCUAGACCUGCUUCUCCACCAGCUACUCCUGUGCCUCGGGGUGGUGGGGAGCCCACCCAUUUGGGCCAGCCAUGGAUCUAGCGUUCCCCAAUCCAUCCCGGGAUCCUACCCAAGAAGAUGGCAUGGCCUCCGACGACUUUGACAUUGUGAUAGAAGCUAUGCUGGAGGCCCCAUACAAGAAAGAGGAAGCCCAGCCAGGACCCUCAAAGCCACCAACUGACCCCGCCACAGGCCAGCUGUCUCUGGAGGAACAAGGAAACGAAGCAAAGAAGGACACCGCCCCCACCAGCAGCAAUGGGGAAAGCAGCAGCAAAAAGAAGAGGAGUCGUAGCAGGAGCCGUGACCACAGGCACAGCCAUAGUCGGGACCGAGACCGUCAUCGUAGACGCAGCCGGAGCCGGGAUCGCCGCAGCCGUCAUAGGAGCAGAAGCCGCCAUCGGAGCCGCAGUCGGGAUCGUAAUAGGCGAGCCAGCCGAUCUUGGAGCCGAGAACGCUGGCGGGAGGAAAGAGUCCGCUACCGCAGCCCACCUCCCCCAGGACGACGGUUUGGGCACAGCAAGAGUCCCUUGUUCCGAGAGAAAAGCCCCCUUCGGGAGCCUCUGGGCAGCUUGAGCCCCGAAGAACGUGACGCCCGCACUGUCUUCUGUAUGCAACUAGCUGCCCGUAUCCGCCCUCGAGACCUUGAGGAUUUCUUCUCGGCUGUUGGCAAGGUGCGUGACGUACGGAUCAUCUCCGACCGAAAUUCCCGGCGCUCGAAGGGCAUUGCUUACGUCGAGUUUUGCGAGAUACAGUCAGUGCCACUGGCCAUCGGGCUGACAGGGCAACGCCUCCUGGGCGUACCAAUUAUCGUUCAGGCUUCCCAGGCAGAGAAGAACAGGCUGGCAGCCAUGGCCAACAACCUUCAGAAAGGCAGUGGGGGGCCCAUGAGGCUCUACGUCGGUUCCCUUCACUGCAACAUCACCAAAGAGAUGCUGCGUGGAAUUUUCGAGCCGUUUGGCAAGAUUGACAGCAUCAUGCUGAUGCGGGACCAGGAUACUGGACAGUCCAAAGGCUACGGCUUCAUCACUUUUGCAGAAGCAGAAUGUGCCCGCCGUGCCCUGGAACAGCUGAAUGGUUUCGAACUGGCUGGCCGGCCCAUGCGGGUGGGACAGGUGACCGAACGGCUGGAUGGCACCACCGACAUUACUUUUCCUGACGGGGCUGAUGAACCUGACCGGUCAUCUCUGAGCUUGGGGACCACCGGCUCCCAGCUGCAGCUGAUGGCAAAACUGGCCAAAGCAGGUUCUGGGAUCCCACUAUCCACCACUGCAGCGGCCCAGGCUGCUUUGCAGCUUAAUGGAGCAAUACCUUUGGGAGCACUGAAUCCAGCUGCCCUGACAGCUCUUAGCCCAGCAUUGAAUCUAGCUUCACAAACACUGGCCUCCCAGUGCUUCCAGCUUUCAGGCCUCUUCAGUCCCCAAACAAUGUAAGGACACCCAGUCCUCCCCCCCCCUUUCCCGCCCUCCCUCUCCCAUGGAGCUUGGAGGGGGAAUGAUCAUCUCCACACCAUUACCACCUCACCUGACACCCCUCAACACACAAUUGUGGAUCCAAGCCUGGGGGGGGAUGAACUUUGAAGGAACGCUCCCUCUUUGGGCACAAGGGGGGGAACCCUUCUUAACAUGAACUCUGAUUUAUUCCGAAUUUCCCUCCCUGGGGAAAGGGGAAGAGCUUGUAUUCUGACCCCCCCCUUCCCCCCCACCUCCUCCAAUCACAAUUGGAGGAGAGGUGCAUUAUCCCCCCUUGGGGGGAGAGCUUUGCAAAUGUUGAAGGGACCUCCUCCCCCCCCCCCCCCCCAAAAAAAAAGAGGUGGAAUUGCAGCAUCUUUUCCUUUUGGUGGGUUUUGGGGAGGCAGGAAGACUCUUGGCCCCUUCCUCUUUCUCUCUCACCCCUCAGCUCUCGGAUCGGGCUGUGGGGCUUUGCUUGGAUGGUUUUGGGCAGUCCUCGCAGCCAAGACUGGUCUGUGCACAUGUGCAUGUUGUACAAAAAAACGGAGAGGCACAGACCGGCAUGUGGGUGGGUGGGAGGCCCAUGUGGUGUAUAUCUCUUCCCC